AUGUUGGAAUUGAAGGAUCUCAACCCCUGUCCUGCUAGCAAGAGUACAUGGUUGCAGAGCCAACAUAGUCGGACAUUUAUUGGUUGGUUUAAGAAAGAGGUUGGAAAACGUUUGGCUAAUGGGGAUGAUACUUGUGAUGAUGUUCGUCGGUUGGCCAAAGGGCCUAAUUUUGCUAUUAUUACCUUUGAUAGGCUUCGUCAGAUGUCUGAACCAUUCGUAUUAGCUAGUCAAGUCAAACAAGUUUUUUAUAUUGAAGAUCAAGAAGAUGAGAAUUUGAAUGUUGUUGGAUUCACACCACAUAGAAUGUACAAGUAUGGAUCAAAAUGUGAAACUGAUGAUAUGUUGGAAUUUGAUGCUACUUUUGAUUUAAUACAACACACCGCUUUAUUAGACCUUGAUGAUGAUUUUUUGGAAAAGUUUGUAGUAGACCGAAAGAGCUGGAAGCAAACUCUCCAAUCGAUCGGGAAGAAGUGGAGAAACUUCAAACAUUAUCUAUAUGCCAAGUUCAUUAAGAACCGAAGUAAAGAUCCAAAGGAUAAUCUAUUCAAACCUCCGUUUAUAACAAAAGAAGACUGGAAAGUUUUUGUAUCCUAUAGAGGUGUACUUAAUGUUUCUGAAGCCACAAGUUGCCAAGUAGGGGGUGUCAUUGAAGAUGUUGGAAAAGAACCAUGGGAUGAAUCACUUGAUAAUUUUUGUCUUCUUGCGGUUAAAUUUGCAUCAAAUGUAGACGCUAAAGGAACCAUAAUGAAGUAUAGUGCAUCUGAUGAAAACAUUGAAGUUAUGAUGGAAACAAAUUUACAACGAGAAGCUUUAAUACCCAUUCUACUUGAACAGGUGUUCAUUGUGAAGGUCAAAGAUGCACUAGGACACAUACUAAGUUGGCAAAGACACUUAGUUAUUCGAUGCUCUGACCUCGGAAAAGUGUUGGGGAAACCUAUAAAAAAACAUGCAACACCAGUGAAGAAAGAUGCAACAUCAGUAAAGGAAGGUGCAACACAUUUCAUAGAAGAAAUAGAAAGUAAUAAGAAAGAAAAGGGGAUAGGAAAAAUGGUCUAUGAACAAAAAGAACCAUGUGAUGUGGAAGAAGGGAAUAGAAUUGAAAUGAAGAUUAAAAAGAAGGAGAAACAAAAUGUGACCUUGCAAAGAAGGUGGACCAGAGCACAAAUGAAGACAAGGAUAAGGAUUGAGAAGAGUAGUAUUUUGAAAAUGACUGCAAUGAUGGCUGAUGGACAUGUUACAAUGGUUGAUUCUAUAAAUGUGCAGAGUGAGAACGAUCUUUUUGGGUAUGAUAGUUACACAUACUUAACUUGGAAUGAUUUUGAAGCGGUUCUUACAAUGGAUGAACUUACUGGUGCUAUCAUUGUGUCUUAUAUGAUUGUGUUGUUUAACAAAAUGAAGUAUAGCCUCCCUGAAAGAGAUCACGGAAUUCGCUUUGUGAACCCAACAUUAAUCUUUCUAAGUAUGCGUAAAGGGAAAUCAAAGAAUAUUGACGAUGCAAGCAGAGGUUUAGCAGAUCGAUUGUCUAGUAGAAAGGGUAAUGACAUCAUCUUUAUGCCCUACAAUCUCGGAAGACAUUGGUUAUUGGGUGUACUAGACAUGAAAUCAGAUGAUUGCUAUUAUCUUGAUUUUUUUAGUUCUAGCAAUUUCAAUAUGCAGUUGAAGCAAAUUGUUGAUUCGGAAAUGGUUAUGUACGCUACACAAAUUGGAUCCAACAAAAGGGUUAAGCUAAAUUGGGUCAAUGUUACGUGUCCAGUUCAGCCUGGAGCUACUGAAUGUGGCUACUACAUGCUAAGGUUCAUGAAGGAGAUAAUGGAAGAAGGAAUUGAAGUGUUGGUCAAAGAUAAUAUCGGGGAUGGCAACGUUGAAUACACAACUGAUGAUAUCGAUGAGAUACGUGAAGAAUGGUCAGAGUUUAUUAUGGGCUUCAUUUAUCGAUAA